AUGAGCAGGGCUUCAACAUCAAAUAUCGCGCUUAAAGACAACUCUGAAGGACAUUACAAUCUGAGGUCUCUUUUACUCAAAGCAGCUUUAAAAUUUACUAAACGUGAAAGACGACGUGCCUUCUUCACCCAGUACGCGAAGAUAUACCCAGUACUCUGCCAGCGUCCAGUACAAAAUGGAUAA